AUGGCAGCCACGGCCAAGGAGCACCUCGAGCUGGGCGGCAAGAUCGCCUGGCUCGCCUCCCUCGACACAACCUACAAGCCCGAGCGCAACCUGCGUCGCUCCUCGAUCAUCUGCACCAUUGGUCCCAAGACGAACUCUGUCGAGGCCAUCAACAAGCUCCGCACCGCUGGUCUCAAUGUUGUCCGCAUGAACUUCAGCCAUGGCUCGUACGACUACCACCAGUCCGUCAUCGACAAUGCCCGCAAGGCUGGCGAGGUCCAGGACGGCCGUCCCAUCGCCAUUGCACUGGACACCAAGGGUCCCGAGAUCCGAACGGGCAACACCAAGGGCGAUGCGGAUAUUCCCAUCGAGCAAGGCAAGAUCAUCAACAUCACGACCGAUGACAAGUACGCGACAGAGUGUGACACAGAGAACAUGUACGUUGACUACAAGAACAUCACAAAGGUCAUCAAGCCCGGCCGUGUCAUCUACGUCGACGACGGUGUCCUCGCUUUCGAUGUCCUGUCCAUCAAGGACGAGAAGACCAUUGAGUGCCGUGCUCGCAACAACGGCUUCAUCUCCUCCAAGAAGGGUGUCAACCUGCCCAACACCGACGUCGAUCUGCCCGCGCUUUCCGAGAAGGACAAGGCCGAUCUGCAGUUUGGUGUCAAGAACAACGUAGACAUGGUCUUUGCUUCGUUCAUUCGUCGCGCCCAGGACAUCAAGGACAUCCGCACUGUCCUCGGCCCCGAGGGCAAGAACAUCCAGAUCAUUGCCAAGAUUGAGAACCGUCAGGGUCUCAACAACUUCCCCGAGAUCCUCGGCGCCACCGACGGUGUCAUGGUGGCCCGUGGUGACCUGGGCAUCGAGAUUCCCGCCGCCGAGGUUUUCGCCGCGCAGAAGAAGCUCAUCGCCAUGUGCAACAUGGCUGGCAAGCCCGUCAUCUGUGCCACUCAGAUGCUCGAGUCCAUGAUCAAGAACCCCCGUCCCACGCGUGCGGAGAUCUCCGAUGUUGGUAACGCUAUUACUGAUGGCGCCGACUGUGUCAUGCUGUCUGGUGAGACCGCCAAGGGCGCCUACCCCAACGAGGCCGUUUCUGAGAUGCACGAGUCGUGCCUCAAGGCUGAGAACUCGAUCCCCUACGUCUCCCACUUUGAGGAGAUGUGCAAGCUUGUCAAGCGCCCCGUCAGCACUGUCGAGUCGUGCGCGAUGGCGGCUGUGCGUGCGUCCCUGGAUCUCGGUGCCGGUGGCAUCAUUGUCCUGUCCACCUCUGGCGAGUCUGCCAGGCUGCUCUCCAAGUACCGCCCUGUGUGCCCCAUCUUCAUGGUCACAAGGAGCGCGACAACCUCGCGCUUCUCGCACCUUUACCGUGGCGUGUAUCCCUUCCUCUUCCCCGAGGCCAAGCCCGACUUUGAGAAGGUCAACUGGCAGGAGGAUGUCGACCGCCGCAUCAAGUGGGCGGUCGAGAACGCCCUCAAGCUCAACGUCCUGACCGCUGGCGACACUGUCGUUGUGGUCCAGGGCUGGAAGGGUGGAAUGGGCAACACAAACACCCUGCGCAUCGUGCGUGCAGACCCUGCGCACCUGGGUAUUGGACAGGCGGACUAA